CCCCGGCAUACCUCUUCACCACUCCUUUACUAACAUUAGUUGAAUUCAGAAAAAAUGAUAACAACAAGUAUUGUUCACAAACUCUAAUAACCAGAAGUGUUUACUUUCGUCCAACAGAAAAUAGUUUUCACGAGCUACAGAUUUCGUAUAAUAGCCCUGUCAAUAAAAUAAUGAAACCCCAUCACUCCCCUCACAUCUAGCGAAAUGAGGGCUUAAGAAAACGUGUAUCAUUACACUUUUCUUUCGAGGAAGUGACUUCAAAUGUCAUGUGAGUUACGUGAGCCUCUGGCUUAUUGCCUCUUCUCAAACUAGUUCAGACGAGCCCUGUAUAGGACGCAGGUGAAUGUCACAAGGCCAGCUACUAAAGUAGUAUUUAUAAUUGCCCUAUGGCCUUUGGUUUUAAAAUUUGAACUUCAUGAGCCUUCAUAAACAAAUCGGAUUGGUCGAAUGUCACCAAAGAACUUGUCAUCACUACAAUAUAAAAUAAACAAAGUAACUUUCUACGAUUAUUAUUGAUGAUGUUAUGAUGUGUGGCACGGUGAGGAUAAAGGACAACAUUCUGAAGAUAACAUUACGACGACACCGGAGCGUUAUCGUAUGUUGCAAACCUGCCAGUCAUUCGCCUUUUGGCUUUACAUAAACACUGGUGGUAUUACUGUGUGCCACGCUCUUUGGACCCGAGUCGAAGUGCAGAGCAGAGCGAAAGUGCCGAGGGGUGUGGACUGGUGUGAACUUUGAUUCUGCUAGCAUUUAUAAUCCGUUGACAACAGAAUUUGUCGCCAGUCAGCUCUUCAAGUUCGUGAGCGUUCGAUUGCCGUGUGUCGUCAGCUCGAUUUCCAAAAUGUCGUCUUUAACGAAAGGUGUGUUCAUCGUGGCGGCAAAACGAACUCCCUUCGGGACCUACGGAGGGAAGUUCGUGAAGACGAGCGCGACAGAGCUGCAGACAGUGGCCAACAAGGCGGCCCUCGCUGCCGCCAACGUCAAGCCCGAGCAGGUGGACUCUGUGGUCGUGGGCAACGUGCUGGCAAACUCCUCCCCGGACGGUGCCUUCCUGGCCCGGCAUGCCGCCCUGCGUGCGGGGGUGCCCAUCGACCGGCCCGCUCUGGGCGUCAACCGCCUCUGCGGCUCGGGCUUCCAGUCCAUCGUCAACGGCGCGCAGAACAUCGUGUUGGGAGAUUCAAAGGUGGUGCUGACCGGAGGGGCAGACAACAUGAGCCAGGCUCCGUUCACGGCCAGGAACAUCCGCUUUGGCACCACUCUGGGCGUUCCCUACGAUCUGGAGGACUCCCUGUGGGUUGGAUUAACAGACACGUACUGCAAGAUGCCAAUGGGUAUUACUGCUGAAAACUUGGCAGAAAAAUAUGGUAUUCCGCGUGAUGAUGUGGAUAAGUUUGCCCUUCGAUCUCAGACACUUUGGAAAGCUGCCAACGACAAGGGCUACUUCAAGGAGGAGCUGGCGCCAGUGACCAUAAAGGUGAAAGGCAAGGAGGUGGUCGUGGAUGUGGAUGAGCAUCCCCGCCCGCAGACAACCCCUGAGGGCCUGGCCAAACUGCCCACAGUCUUCAAGAAAGGCGGAGUGGUCACUGCUGGCUCAUCAUCAGGCAUCUGUGAUGGAGCAGGUGCUGUUCUCCUCGCAUCAGAAGAAGCUGUCAAGUCUCUUGGACUGAAACCUCUGGCCCGUUUGGUAGCCUACAGCGUUGUGGGUGUGGAACCUUCCAUCAUGGGCAUUGGCCCUGCCCCUGCCAUUCAAAAAUUGUUGAAGACUGCUGGCAAGACCUUGGCCGAUAUUGACCUGGUGGAGAUCAAUGAGGCAUUUGGAGCUCAGACACUUGCAUGCGCAAAAGAGCUGAAGUUGGACCUGGGAAAGCUGAAUGUUAAUGGAGGAGCGAUAGCGCUUGGCCAUCCCCUUGGUGCAUCUGGCUCGCGUAUAACCGCUCAUCUCGUUCAUGAACUCAGGAGGAGGAAUGCUAAGCUGGGCGUUGGCUCCGCAUGUAUUGGUGGAGGUCAGGGCAUUGCCCUACUUCUGGAGAAUGUGCAAUGAGGCGAAGACUGAUGGAUGUUUACCUGACUUGUGCUGUUACUUCAUGUGUGUGUGUUAGAUAAUUGUGUACAUUUUAUACUGUUAAAAAAUUAUAUUUUCUGAAAAUAUACCAUUUUUGCCAUUUACUCCUUUUUGUCCAAAAUUCAUAUUUUUAAAUAAGAUGAAAGCAUAAAUAAUCAUUUGUCAUAUUUUGUGUCAGAAGCGUUUUUUUCCAACUUCUGGCUGAUAGUAUUGAAGAUUACAAGAAUUUAUAAGCAUAUAAUUUAUAAGCAUAAUUUAUAAGCAAGUAACAUUAAUACCCUGUAUUCCAAGUGUUUCUAGUUCAUUUGACUAAAUACAAGUCCAACAAAUAUUAUUACUCACAUAUUUUACCAACGUAAGUAGCUUAGAAUUAAGGCGGACAUGCCUUAGGUUGGUCUGAGUUUGCAGGGUCAUGGGUUUCAAUCCUUCUUUGGGCAUAGAUGUUUGCUUUUGUGUUGUGACAUGGUGGGUGUCUCCCAACUGGCUGCAUCGGUAACUAAUGUUGCAGGAUGUGUCACACGAGAAGGGAAUGUAUAUAAGCACCAAAAAUGUGUGAAGAUAUGAAAAGGGAAUAAAUACUGUUGACUCUGGUUAUGGUGAACUUCUGGGGAUUAACAUUUUUGGUUCAUUAUAACUGAGAUUCACUAUAACCAAUGAUAUUAAAAAAUUAAAUAGAGUUUCUCCACAAUGAUUGAUUUUAUUAAUAUAGAUACAGCAAUAUACAUUAACAGCAUGA